AUGGCAGACAACUCUGAGGUGACCCAGGCAUCCUCCCCUUCAAACGAACAGUCGUCCUCUACGAAUCACACUCCUCCUGCCACUGCGCACUCGGCCCACCACCAUGGUCACGAGGCUACAUUCGUGCGACCAUCAGAUCUGCUUCGCCCACGGACGACAUCUCGACCAAAUGGGCCGCCGAAGCCUGACCGUCCAAUAGACCGAGAUCAAAGAGCUGGCUUGAAGGCUAUACGGGAUUUCCUGCGGAUUCGCAACUGCUACGAUGUGCUACCGCUGAGCUUUAGGCUCAUUGAACUCGAUGUGGGCCUGACAGUCAAAGAGAGCUUGAAUAUUAUGGUACAAUGUGGAAUCGUUUCCGCCCCAUUGUGGGACUCGUCGACGUCGACUUACGCCGGCUUGCUCACGGUCAAUGAUUACCUGAAUGUGGUUCGGUAUUACAACUUACACGCCGACAAAUUAAAAGACGUGGACAGAUUACUGCUCAGUGACCUGAAAGAUGUCGAGAAGGUCCUGGAUGUCAAGCCGCCUGAGACGGUCUCAGCACCGCCGGAAGCAAUUCUCUAUGACGCCCUGAGAAAACAACUUCUUUCUCGUGCACGAAGAAUACCUCUGGUCUCAUACGACAGUGACACAGGCAGAACAAUGGUGACCAGCGUCAUCACCCAAUACAGAAUUCUCAAGUUUAUUGCAAUGAACGUGAAAGAGACCGAUAUGCUGAGGAAGCCCUUGGCAAUGAUCAAACUCGGCACAUACGGAAACAUCGUGCGGUGUACCAUGGAUACGACUGUCUUAGAUGUCAUAGACGAAAUGGUCAUGAAGAACAUAUCGAGCGUCCCAGUCGUGACAACCGAGGGCGUCCUCUUGAACGUUUUCGAGGCCGUCGAUGUGAUUGAGAUCCUCAAAACUGGAGACUACGCCAAUCUCACAUGGACUGUUGGCAAGACACUAUCGGCACGAUCACCAAACCAUACGGGAAUAUAUUGCUGCUCGCUAGAUGACGGUCUCGAUACCAUUUUCGAAACCAUAAAAAGGUCGCGAGUCCAUCGAUUGAUGGUGGUAGAUGACAACAAUUACCUUAAGGGCGUUCUGUCACUCAGCGACAUUUUGCAUUAUCUGCUUGUCGAGGGCCAAGAAGAAACAAAUCAGAAUUGA